AUGAUGAAGAAAUGGUCUUCAAGGCGCUCAAGACGUAAGAGCGUUCAACCGGAGAGAGAACCUUCAAGUCUACAGGAGGUUUACACAGCCAAUGCCGGGAGCCGGAGUCAUUCGCAAUUGUCAUUGGACUCUCAAAGCACUCUCAAUGCGCCAAUAGCGUCCACGAUGGUUGGGUCUGAAUCGCACAGCUCCUUACAGUCUUCUGUGUCGCAAGGUAAUAGCAACACGUUUGGCUCUGCAAGCCAGACAAACACGUCAAAGGCUAACGGCAGUACGCUGCAACUUUCAAUGUCCUCUUUGAAUGUUUCGUCCAAAUCGAGGCCAUUCACAUAUGAGAACUAUGACACCACAGUGGUUAAAACGGGAUGGAUCAACAAAGGUCACAAUAUUACCAAUUGGUCAAACACAAGCUCUGACUCUUGGAGAAUUUACAAAGCUGUGUUAGAGGGACCUGUACUCUCGCUCUACAAGCUACCACAGGAGCUGAACAUCAAGUCAUUUGACGUGAAAAGUAGCGCUAAUAAUCAUAAUCACCAUCAUGACAACAAUCCUAAUAAUGGAGGAAUCACAGGCAGCAGCUGUGCUUCAAACAAUAACAACAUCAAUGAUAACUCAGAUAUUCACUCACUACGACAGAAGAGAAUGUCCCAAAUAUCACGGUCUGACCUUAAGGCAAGCAUAAGGGCACAGAAAGCUCAACUUGAACAAGAGGAUUCGAAAACCGAUGCUUCUUCCAAGAAGUUGAAAUAUCUAUCUGAAGUUUAUCCACAUCCUGAUCUACAACUCAGCGAGACUAACUCGAUCACUUCUGGUACACUCGAGGCAAUGUGCCAUACAGUCCUGUUCAAUACUUUGCACGAUGACAAAUUAUCGUACAAUUUACUUAUGGUGUUACCUGUCUUUGGAGACCCAAAGGACUAUCUGAGGUACUUUAAUGCAUAUGCAAAUGCGUUCAUUGCACAAGGCAGAGUGACAAGGUCUAAUCCGGGUUCCAAGGUUGUGAUCUCAAAUAACACUGAUUACGCAGUUAGACAGAGAUUGGGGUUGGUGGUUACAACUUUCAUCGAUUCCUUCCCAGGAAUGCUUCUAGAUGAUGAGAUUUCAGAACUUUUGUUCAUUUUGGUCAAGGGAUUAUCAAGUUACGAUGAGAGGUUAGCACAUAAGCUUAAAAUUGAUUUGACACAUCGUCAAACCUACAUGAAGAACUUGACGAGUUAUAAAUCUUCACCAUAUAACCCCUCAGGCUCAAAAGACUUAACCAUUGUGGAGAAUUUCCUUAAAUUGGAUCCAAAACAUUUGGCGGAACAGAUAAACAUCAUCGAUUUGAAAUUCAACAGCUUGUGGAAUCCCAAAUCGGAUGCAUCUCUGCUAUACGAAUUGAAAAAUCUCACCUAUCCAAGGAUGAACCCACUAAUAUUUAAUUACAACACAAAUAUCCAUUACUUGGGAAGGUUAAUUGUUACGCAUUUAUUUGCAGUACAUGAUCCAAUUCAUGGGGAGGUACAACGUUCACGAGUUUUAGAGAGAUGGAUUGAAAUCGGUUGCAUCUUUGAUAAAAUGGGUGAUAUGGUCAGUUGGUUGGCAAUUGCCACGUUAAUUUGUUCGGUGCCGAUCCUGAGGUUGAAAAAGACAUGGUCCUUGGUUGAUGAAAGACUAUUGAAUAUUAUAUCGUCCGAAUGGGCACCAGUGGUUUUCGAACUUGACAGAAGAAAUAUCGUUUGUGAAGCAAGUCACAGAUCGUCAUAUCAUGUUAUUGCACCCCAGGGAUUGGGUGAGACUUAUUCCAAAGAGGAUGUCGUUCCGUAUUUUGGUGAUUUGACGGUUAAAUUUGUCCCAAACUCGCCUCUCAAACAAUGUGAAAAGAAAGUUCAAAGGGUAAAGAUCUCCUUCAGCAGAUGGGAUGACUAUCUGUCGAUGGUGACAGAUGUCGAAUCUUUGAAGCCAAGACCUAAAGUCGAAGAUGAAUCGCUUCAAUCUCAACUCUACAAUUUCUUAUCAAACCACGUGUCAUUAGAGCCAUUGACUCUGUCUUCAGUUAUGGAGUUUAGUAUUUCAAGUGAACCGGCCUCAGUGGGUGCCUUUCACCAUGACGAAGCAAGAGCUCCGUUGACGACGGGUUCGUUUUUACCAGUUUUAUUCACUGAGAUAAUACCAUCUUACAAAAUCUUUAACCAAAAGAUUCUCAUUGGGGCUGGUGGCUUCGCUAUGCGCUCGGAUCUUGAUGACACAGGAUCGUCGGAUACCAUGAAGUUAACCAGAGAACAACAAAACGGAUUUAUCAAAUCUGUGAAGAAUACACUUGGUUGUGGUUCCAAUAAGUUACUUGUCGGUGAGGAUCUGGUGUUUAAACCCAUUUUGACUCAAAAUGAUACGAAGAAAAAUCCAUCGUUGAUUUUGCUGGAAAAUCCUUCAAGUAGAAGGCUGUCCAUGAUUUCAAAUUCACGUUUCUCUGAAAUUGCUCUGGCCGAUGCUGAUAACGAUGAUAAUGCUCUGGCUAAUGGAGUGUUUGCAGGUCUUGAUAGCUCUGAUGUCUUAAAUACUUUGAUCAAACCUUUAAACGUUGCGUUCAAUGCUGGAACAUUUGAUAAAAUGGUGGAUGUCUUGGUUUUGACCGCAAACGUCUUCUCGAAAAAGAUCAAGAGGUCUGAGGCUGAGAAAUUCCUGCUGAAAUCCAACCUGCUAGACAACCAAUAUGUGAAAUUAAAGAUGGACAACGGUGUCUACACCUCAACGUUCUUUGCAACGUAUAAGAGUUUUGCCACCACUGCACAGCUUAUUGAGGCAUUGUCAAAAAGGUUCAGUGGUUCUAAAUCAGUUUCGAUCUCUAUUAGCCAUUUGAACUCCAACUCUGAUAGCACCUUCCCGGAUUGGGAUAAAAAUGUCUCGUCAAGUUCGCCUGAGUUAAAUUGGUCUUUUGUUGGCAAUGUGCAAAUCGGAGUCUUAGAGGCCCUUUCCAUCCUAGUCACAGACCACUAUGCAGAUUUUACAGAUGAUCUCAAGAACAAGCAAUUGUUUAUCGACUUGCUACGUCUGAUUGAUCGUGAAAUUGUAAUCGUGUGGCCGGAGACACUCGCUCAGACACCUGAUGAUAGUGAAGUCAAGACGGAGCUUUCCAACCUCUAUGCUGUGUUGUCAACUUUGUACAAGAAAAUCCGAAAAUCAUUCAUCAAAAGAUGUUAUAGACCAUUGGAUUUAUUCCCUGAACAAUUGAAUUCAUCUGUUGAUAGUUUGUGCAUGGUUCCCUUACCAAAGGCUCUUGGGGAAGCAGAAUUGUUUGUGGAGAAACUGGAUUCAUUCGUCAACCACCUUUCAUCUGCUGUCACCACUUCAGACUGGAUUGAAGUCUCGGAAAUUAUUGAAAGCCAAACCGGUAGUUCCCUGAUCGGAUUCUACAGAUACAAGAGUUCUUCUAAUGAUCUAGAAAAACUUCAGAUCCUGAAUAUUUUCUCAUGGAUUAAGACACUUUAUAGUGAUAAACCUGAUGGUCUUAUUAUUGACAGAGUUCCGCCAACUGUUCGAACACUCUUGAAUGCACACGAUAAUUUGGAAAAAUACUUCAAACUCCAAAUUGUGAACACGACAAUUAGUAAGGAUGAACGAAUUGCCAAUAUUCAAGCUAUUUUGCAAAUUUUGAGCAUCGCCAGAUUUAGAAUGAGGGGUGCUGCUAUAUUUGAUGAGUCUUGUGAAUCUGAAUUUGGAAUUGCAUCAACGAUACCAUCCUUUAUUGAAUCCGCAAUAUUGCAAGCUAUUGUUAGCCCCGAAUCUCGUGCAUUCCAAGGAAGUUGGUAUCCUGUCUCUGGAUCACAUACAAGUAUUUCUGAACUGUUAACCGAUUUGAACACUCAAGAUCUCUCGGAAAACAUGAAGUCACCAUUAACACCAUGCCCAGGCUGGUUCAUCGAAAGACUAAUGGAAGUUUCCAAUUGUGUGCCUCAUCAUGCUUUGAUUGAUACCAAUCUGAUAAACUUUGACAAGCGUCGUUUCACUUAUAACUGUGUUUCUAACAUAAUGGCAUUAUACUAUACAAGUGAUAGGGAGUCUGUGGAAGUUGAUAAUAACGAUUAUGGGUUCAUUUUGAAAUCAAACUUGGUAAUUUUACCAAAAUUCAACGAUGUUUUGGAAACUGCUCAGUUAGAGAACACCGAUCACAGCGCGACAAAGUUAUUUGAUAGAACAUUGGAAUUUGAAAUCGAGAAGAACAUGAGGGAUGCGCUCAAAAGGGACGACCUGAAUAACCAACAGAUGGAAUUCAAGAGAUCUCAAUUGCUUGCCCAAGCAAGUCGGUCAUCUGCUUUUGGCUCAAAUGAGCAUUUAAGUCUGUCAAAUGAUUCUCAGCGGAGAAGUCGUCAAACCAAUAUAUCUCCUUCAAAAUCUACUGGUAUGAAGAGGCUUGGAGGGCUGCUCAAGUCUGUCCGUCCAUUCUCCAUAAGUGUUGGUUCUGGCUGGUCAGGGUCUGAUAGAGUAGUUCAUCCGGAUGAACUUCCAGACGUCAAUCAAGUUGAUCUCAAUGGGAAACUUUCUAAGCCAUACCAGCAGAUUACCCUUUUCCACCAUAAACCAUUAUUUGUUCAUUCAAACAUCGAGGGUUUCUUCAAAAUAGUCAGUGAAAAUAGUGGCGAAGAGUAUUACUUCCAGGCCACUAGUAAUUCCGAGGCUCAGAGCUGGAUUUCUGCCUUGAACAUGUGUAAGAGAUACACAUAUCUAUCUAGUGAUGCCCAAGGCUUAACGAGUUCGAAAGUGUUCGGUGUUCCAAUAUCUGAUGUUUGUGAUAGAGAAGGUACUUUGGUUCCUGUUGUUGUGGAAAAAUUAUUAAGUGAAAUUGAGAAGAGAGGGUUGGAUGAAACUGGGCUUUAUAGAAUUCCAGGUUCUGUCGGCAAUAUAAACUUAUUGAAGCAAGCGUUUGACCAAGGAGAGGAGGUUUCUCUGAAUCACGAUAUCCAUACCAUUGCAGGAUGUUUUAAGGCAUAUCUAAGAGAUCUUCCAGAGAGUUUAUUCACCAGUGUUCUAUUACCAGAGUUUGUCUCUUCCACCAAGAGCGGGGACUUGACCCAGAACCUGCGGGUCCUGUUGGUACAACUACCAGAACACAACUACCAAGUCUUACAAAGACUGUUUGGCCAUCUGCACAAGGUUGUUCAACAUUCAGAUUCUAAUAGGAUGGAUGCUGUGAACCUAGCAAUUGUGUUUUCGAUGAGCUUUAUCGAUGGUGACAAUGUUGGUUUCAGUAUGGGCUCAGAUUUAGGCGCAUUGCAAAGCAUUUUACAGUGCAUGAUUAAGGAUCCAGAUUCUGUAUUCGCUGGAUGA